AUCUUAACUGGAUAUAUUUAGAGGACUAUAUUGAAGAUAUGAAUGAUGUUGAUGUAAUGAAGAAUAGUGGAAACAUUCAUAAUUCAGACGAAAGUGUACCUGAGGAUAACAGUAAUCCUAAACCAAAGGAAGAACUGGGGAAAUUGGAACUAGAAGACUCCACUGAAAAACUGAAAGCUGAAAAAAAAAUCACAGAGCUCACGGAAAACAAUAUUAAGCUACAGAGAGAAAAGGAUGAAUUAGCAGCAACUAUUGAUUCCUUCAAGUUCACUUUGAUGGAAUAUUACUCAAAUAUGCCAAUUCUUUUACCCGAGGAGGGUAUAGUUCCAGGAACAGAUGAGAAGGGGAUAAUUAUCCUCUUGGCCAACCUGAUCCAGCAUAACAGAGACCUGAAGAAUAAUUUCUUUGAUUUGGAGACAGAAACUGAAAUCUGAAAAUGAGAUACUACGCCAAAAGUACGAUGAACUGUAGCUGAUCAUCAAAGAUUGUGGUUAUUUGCCCAAUCUCAAAGUAAUUCUCCUGGAUGUUCUCCAAGUUGCUCUUCUGCCCAAUCUGAAAGCAAUACUCCUGGAUGUUCUCCAAGUUGCUCUUCUGCCCAAUCUGAAAGCAAUACUCCUGGAUGUUCUCGAAGUUGCUCUUCUGCCCUGCAAUCUCAAAGUAAUUCUCCUGGAUGUUCUCGAAGUUGUUCUUCUGCCCAAUUUCAAAGUAAUUCUCCUGGAUGUUUUCGAAGUUGCUCUUCUGCCCAAUCUCAAAGUAAUUCUCCUGGAUGUUCUCGAAGUUGCUCUUCUGUCCAAUCUCAAAGUAAUUCUCCUGGAUGUUCUCGAAGUUGCUCUUCUGCCCAAUCUCAAAGUAAUUCUCCUGGAUGUUCUCGAUGUUGCUCUUCUGCCCAAUCUGCUAAAUGGUUCUAUUUGUUAAAAAUAUAUCUUCUUGUUUCCCCCUUGCAAGGGUGUAUACAGACCUGUGAAGAAGGAGGGGGGCGUAGUCCCUCUAGAACACGCUAUCAUACUUGUACUCCUAUUUUUUUGCAUAAUAAAAAAAACCUGUAUAA